AUUUUCUGGUGCUUGUUCAACAACAAACUAAAUCACAGCCAACAUCCGAAGUAGGGGACCACAUCUCCUCCAAUAGCUGGCUAACUUCGUGGUCUCAGAGGAGCAUGCCAAAUGCUGUACAACAUUGAGGAUGAAGACAAAGAAGGAAGGGUCUCAGGGGACAGAAGUCCACUAUAAACAAGACAGAAGACCUUCUAAACAAAAAUCUCCACACCUUGGCAGUGCAAACAGAAGUUGUGGCAGGCCGGUAGAUGAUGAAGUGAUGGAGAUGUUAGGAGGCCAUGGCCAUUGUGAUGCUGGGUGGCUGUUACUCUGGAACUGCCAUCUGCUGAAAAGGGUGCUGUGUAAUGAUAUCCUCAGCCUGAAGGUGGCAGGAGAUCCAGUGCUAACCCCUAACUCGGUGUGCCUGAGGCUGGCAGGCCUCAGCAAGCGUCAGAUGCGGAUGUGUGUGCGGAGCCCCGAUGUGACAGCCUCAGCUCUGCAGGGCAUCCAGGUGGCCAUCCAUGAAUGCCAGCACCAAUUCCGAGACCAGCGCUGGAACUGCUCCUCACUGGAGGCCCUUGGCAAGCUGCCCCACCACAACACCAUCCUCAACAGGGGUUUCCGCGAGAGCGCCUUCUCCCUGGCCUUAUUGGCAGCGGGUGUGGCUCACUCUGUGGCCUCGGCCUGCAGCAUGGGCAAGCUGCGGGGGUGUGGCUGCGAGGCCAAGCGUCGGCAGGACGAUGACAAGAUCCGGCUGAAACUCACACAGCUGCAGCUGCAGACCCUGCAGAAGGGUGGGGUAGGCAUCGGCAUGACACGGUCAUUAUCCUUGGAGUUAAAUGGUCGCCAUGGUGACCUGCCCACUAACCUGCGCUCCACCCACCCCUCUGCCCUGCUCAAGCCUUUACCAGAUGAGCUGAGUUCCAUGCAGGAGACCUGGGAGUGGGGGGGUUGCAGUCACGACGUCCGCUUUGGGGAACGUUUCUCCAGGGACUGGCUCGACUCCAGCGGGUCUCCAAGAGAUAUCCACGCUCGCAUGAGGAUACAUAACAACCGGGUGGGACGACAGACAGUGACUGACAACAUGAAGAGGAAGUGCAAAUGUCAUGGCACAUCAGGGAGCUGUCAGUUCAAGACCUGCUGGCAUGUGUCUCCAGAGUUCCGACUUGUGGGUUCUCUACUUAAGGAAAAGUUCUUGUCAGCCAUUUUUGUUAACUCCCAGAACAAGAACAACGGGGUUUUCAACCCUCGAACAGGAAACGGCGCCAGCGGGAGCACAGCAGGGCUCAACGGAGGUCGUCGUCGCAGCAUGUCCAGAGAGCUGGUGUACUUUGAGAAGUCUCCUGACUUCUGUGAGCGUGACGCCUCUUUAGACUCUCCGGGUACACAAGGACGCAUCUGCAACAAAACCAGCUACAGCACAGACAGCUGUAGCUCACUGUGCUGUGGCCGUGGACACAACAUUCUGAAACAGACACGCAGCGAGCGCUGCAAUUGCCGAUUUCACUGGUGUUGCUACGUGCUUUGCGAGGAGUGUCGUCUCACAGAGUGGGUCAAUGUGUGCAAGUAGAUUCCAGUUCUCCCACUCCCAGCUGCCUUUACCCGUUCAGGACUCAAGAUGGCAAGCCUGUCCCUUCGCCCACUCCUGUUGUUUGAGUGUUUGUUUUGCUCUUUGUGUAACUCUCCCAGAGAAUCUGUUUACUCCCCCCCCUUAUCCUUUUUUUGGUCCAUCAUCUGGGAUCCAUUUUCUCUUUGUAGCCGCUGUUAUUCUCAAAUGCCAAGUCAGAGAUUGAAGAGGUGACUCAUGUCAUUUGUCUUGCCAUGGUCUGUUUAGACGCUGCCCUCUCAGCCAUGAAAACGGCCCAUACCCCGUCUUUUCUAUCCCACAAAACAAAGGCGAGCAACAGCAAAAAACAUUGCUAUUUCAUUGUCUACAUGCUGACUCAUCUCGUUGUACAGUAGCUGUGUAUUUUAAUGUGUACUUGUAUAUUUGUAAAUGUGUUAUUAUUAAUAUUAUUAUUGUGUUGGCACCUGUCUUUUUGGUUUUAGUUAAUGACAGACUGAUGCUGGCAGAGCGGCUCAGGAUGGUGAACCAGUGCUGUCAGACAACAAAGUCUCAUUGCAGUUUAUCUUACAUGUCACUGUACAGUAUUUUGCACCUGUGACUCAGACAGAGCGAUGAUACUUAUUUGGGAGUCAGUCUCAAAAAAUGAAUAGAAGAAGACAAGAUAGAGGACUGUUUUUUAUAGUGUUUGAAUUUUUUGUCACAGAAGCAAAAAGGCAGAAAGCACAGGACUUUUAUAAGCUUAUCAAAGCUUGUACACUUGUAAAACUAAAGAUUGGAAAGAGACAGAUUCACAGACUCAGUCCUUUAAUCCCUUACAGUGAAUAACUAAUCAUUUAAAUUUAUUUAUACCAUUGUAACAAUAGUAAUAACUUCAUGAGAGUGGUGACUAGUGGUCCUGUUUUUCAUGAAUUCAUGUCAAUAUUAUGACAGAAUUAUGCUUCCUCCUGGUAUAACUGUGAUGUGAUGUGUGUCAUUUUCCUAUGAAAUCAUGACUCAGACCUUA